UAUUGGGUGAACAGCUACCCCAAUGACAGAAGCUCCCUAACCUUCGCCGCCUCUCGCCUCCCAUUGAUACCAUGCUCAAUCCCCACCACCCGUCAAUCUCACCGCCACUUUCGUCGAAUGUUCAUACUAGCUCGCCGCCAUUACGACAGUUCAGAGGAACACUACCAGAAAAACGCCAGAAAGUACUGGGACAAUUUCUACGGACGCCAUAAGAACAAGUUUUUUAAAGAUAGGCAUUACUUGGUGAAGGACUGGGGCAGCUACUUUGCUGGUGAUAGUCUGUUCCAAAACGACAAGGUUGUUCUGGAGGUUGGCUGUGGAGCUGGAAAUACUAUAUUUCCUCUUUUGGCCUCUUAUCCCAACCUUUAUGUUCAUGCGUGCGACUUCUCACCUCAUGCUAUUGAUCUUGUCAAGUCACAUCCGGAUUUCAAAGAAGACAGUUUAAAUGCAUUUGUCUGUGAUGUUAUACAUGACGACCUUUCUGAAAAAAUUGAUUCUUCAUCAAUCGAUAUUGUUACCCUGAUUUUUACAAUGUCCGCAGUUUCUCCAAAGGAAAUGCCCUUGAUAUUACGGAAUAUUAAAAGAGUACUCAAGCCAACUGGUUAUGUUCUCUUACGUGAUUAUGCCAUUGGAGACUUUGCUCAAGUGAAGCUACAAGACAGAAAACAGAUGAUUAAUGAGAACUUUUAUGUCCGAGGGGAUGGUACUUGCUCAUUUUACUUCUCCGAGAGUUUCCUGUCAACCCUAUUUUCAAAUGCUGGCUUCAACGCUAUUGAUAUCAAUGUAUAUUGCAAACGGAUUGAGAAUCGUUCUAGGCUUAUAACUAUGGAUCGGCGAUGGAUACGAGCAACAUUCAAAAGCUCUACCUUCGUUGCUCCUGAUUCUGCUUCUCUCUUAGGAGUUAGAUGAUUGUCUUAUUUCACAGAUUGGAUGAUCCCAUGCGCUACCAGGUUUGAGGCUUAAAUAUCACCUCUUCUACAAUCUUAUACUUUUAUUGGUUAUAGAAUUCUAAAGUUGCUUGUGGAAUGAUCUUGAACACCAAUUCUGUCGUAGAUAGAGGUCAGUAUGAGUUCCUAUUCAUGGUGGAAGGCUCUUUUGCUGA